AUGUCUGAAAAUCCAAUUGAAACACCUUCAAGCGAAAAUGAUACUGAAUCACAAAAAGAUCUUAGAGACGCAGGAGUUCCAACUGACUUUAUUAUCAAUGUGGGUGAACAGUCAUUUAACGUUCAUCGUGACUUGAUCAUGACUAAGUCAGAAUAUUUCCGAGCAAUGUUGUCUCACGACACUAAAGAAAAUCAGCAAGGAUUCGUAGAUAUGAACGAUGUGAACCCAAGUGUUGUUGGUCAAUGUAUUGAAUUUAUGUACACUGGAGAAACGAGCGAAGUUUCAGUUAAUAUUGAAAUUAUAGAGGAUGUAUUGCAAACAGUAGAACUCAUGCACCUGCAAACUCUCAAAGACUACUGUGUGGAAUUUCUCAAUGAAAAUCUGCGGGACUUUACCUGUCUUCAAAUCUCACUGAUUGCAAAACAAUUUAGCAUCACAGAACUGGAAGAAAAUAUUCUUUCAAUAUUACAAGAAACAUAUAACGUUAAAGAUGCUUCUGAACUAUUAGAAAUGCCAAAAUCUGAUUUUGCCGAGUAUAUUCAGAGCACCAACUUUUCGGCGAACAUGAUUACAUGGGAGUGCUUUAUACGUUGGAUUGACCAUGACGUUGAACAUCGUUCACCGUUCAUUUUUGAGCUUUACAACCAGUUGAACUGGAAGGAUUUUCCUUCUUCCAAAUUUUUAGAAGCAGUGUGA